UUUUGUUCCUGUAUACAUUAUACACAGUAUACCUGCUGCUGUUGCGUGUUGUUGAAAAUGAAGUGGACACUAGUGCUGCUCCUUGGGGGCUCCCUGGCAGAGGUCAGCUUCGGGUGGACGUAUCACUACUCCAACGUCACCAUGACCUGGACCGAAGCCCGAGAGUGGUGCCGGACGCACUACACAGACAUGGUGGUGGUCCAGAGCCAGGACGAGAACGUUGCCCUGGUCUCGUUCUUGCCUACCAGGCAGCAGAGUCCGUACUACUGGAUCGGGAUCACUAAAACGCACUGGGACAGGAACUGGAUCUGGAUCGGGAAUAACAGCACGUGGGUCGGCGAGGAGUCGUGGGCGGAGAACGAGCCCAACAACAACGAGAGCUGGCCCGUUUGCGUGGAGCUCUACGUCAACGCCAGAGCCAACCGAGGGAAAUGGAACGACGAGAAGUGCGGAAACAAGAAAUAUGCAGUGUGCUACCAAGCUCAAUGCAACACAACAAUAUGCGGAAGAGGAAGAUGCAAGGAGGCCGUCAACAACGUCACCUGCCUGUGCGAGCCCGGCUUUGAGGGUGACACCUGUCAAACAGGUGAAAAUACCACGCCACUAUACAGUAGGUCCUGAUACACUUGAUCGGAUAUCCAAAUACGAGUAUUUUGAGUUACAAGAAUGUUGAAGUCCUAGUCUUUAUCAGAAAUUAUAAUCCUGGUUUAAAACUCCGAAUUUGAACUCUAACCCAUUUUAAAACCCUAACUAGAAACUUUAAACUCAGUUUGAAACCCGGACCGUGUCUUAAAACCCUACUAUAGAAUCUGAACAAAAAAGUAACUCCUUUUUUAUAAUGUCCGACUAUAUUUCCAUGUGAUGAAUUUCCCUAUAACCAAAAGCAGUGAUUCUCAAAGUGUAGCACUACAGGAGUCCUCUUGAAGAGCAUUGGGACCUUCUAGUAGUAUAUGCAAAAGAAUCACUUAAGUAGUAAGUACAGUUUAGUUGUAUUUAACAUUUAGUACAACAUUUCUGCAUCCAUCCAUUUUCAUUCAUUUUGAGCCACCGUGCCGCCCAUUUCUCCAUUUCAUUUAAAAUUAUUGUUUUUUUUUUUUUUUUUAGAUUUUCUUAAUGUGUCACUUUUAUUAAACCUUUAUGUGUAAAAAAUUUUAAAUGAAUGAUUACGGAAGUUUUUGUUUCCCUGUCUCGAAAACAUUCAGUGCCAUUGACUGCUUUCAAAAUCCAUAUUAGCUGGCACUGAAUGAGGCGUGGUAUUAAUUUUCAAACUGUACAUAAUAUUACAACAGUAAUAUUGGAAUACUAUUAUAUAUCCACAGUUGAGAAGUGUCUCCGGUACACUUUCAAUCACUGAUAGCUGUUCAAUUUUGGGGCGGCACGGUGGGUAAGAUGGUAAAGCGUUAGCCUCACAGUUCUGAGGACCCGGGUUCAAUCCUGGCACAGCCUGUGUGGAGUUUGCAUGUUCUCCUCGUUCCUGCGUGGGUUUUCUCCAAGCACUCCGGUUUCCUCCCACAUCCCAAAAACAUGCAACAUUAAUUGGACACUCUAAAUUGUCCCUAGGUGUGACUAUGGAUGUCUUGUUGUGCCCUGUGAUUGGCUGGAAACCAGUUCAGGCUGUACCCCGCCUUCUGCCCGUUGACAGCUGGGAUAGGCUCCAGCACUCCCUGCGACCCUUGUGAGGAUAAGCGGCAAAGAAAAUGGAUGGAUGGAUGUUCAAUUUUGGAUCAUUCUCAUUGUCUUUGACUUCAAAAAUAUGAUUCAUAUCUUUCUUCCCCUUCAUCGUUUUAAUGGUA